AUGCCACAAUUAGUUCCUUUUUACUUUAUGAAUUUAUUAACUUUUGGUAUCUUAGCUAUUUCUAUUAUUUUAUUUGUUGUUAGUACAUAUAUUUUACCUGAAAUUAUAAGAUUAUUAAUUGCACGUAUGAUUAUUGUUAAAUUAUAA